UUGCACUGACAUUUAUUUGUUUACUAAUGGCACAAUUUACUAUUAAUUUUUAUGUAAUAUAAUAAUAAUGGGAAAGAUUCGUAAUGCAGUGGCCGCAUAUAAAGCUCUAAAUGGACUCAUAUGUGUUUACAAACCACCGUGCGUGCCCAUUAAACAAAUUCAACACACUUUAAUAACCAACUUAUGUAGAGAUCUGAACGAGUUACCUGGUCGCCCACAAGAGAACAGAGUAGAAAUAGUGGGUCCUACCAACGCUCCGUUGGCUGUGAAGGUUGUUCCUAAUCUCGCUGAUGACCCUCUGGUGUGCGGUCCACGAUACAUAAACGAAGAUUUCCGAUGUAGCUGGGCUUCACAUUUAGGUUUAUUCUCUAGUGGAGUUUUAUUACUAGGCAUAAAUGAUGGUACCAGAUUAACAUACCACAUAAACACAGCUAGACUCACCAGGGCCUACAAAAUACAUGGCCAGCUUGGCAAAGCUACAGAUACAUAUUUCUGGAACGGGAAAACAGUUGAGAAGGCAACAUUUCGCCAUGUGACGAGGCAAAAGAUGGAUGGUGUUGUGGCCCAUAUGCAGGCUGCCCACCAAAAAACUAUGUUCGAGUUGACAGGAGUGCAUGUGGAUUCACAAUCAGCAUAUGAACUGGCUUCACAGGGUCUAAUUCGACCUGUGAAUAGUAAACUGCCAGUGCUUUAUGGCAUCAAGUGUGUACACUUUCAACCACCUCAUUUUACAUUAGAGAUACAAUCUGUAAAUGAAUAUGAUAAAUAUCUGUGGACAUUAAUUCACGAUUUGGGAGUCCAGCUGAAGACUGCGGCACACUGCACUGGAGUCCAAUGCAUAAGACAUGGCAAGUUUGAUGUAGAACUCAGUCUACUCAGGAAGCACUGGCAGUUGGAGCACAUCUUGAACAAUAUGGAUAAAUGUCAUGAGCUGAUCGAAAAAUACGAGGGAAUAUUAAAACCGAAAUCUGCAACAUUGUCCUCAUGAAGUUUAGAUUUAGACAUGUAUUAAAUAUAACAUUGUUAU